AUGCGCACCCAAACCCUCCGCGGCAACUGGCAACUCGCCUCCAAGGCGCACCAACACAUCCUCUCCACCACCCCGCGCCCCGCAACCCCCGAAAUCCACAUCGCCAUCUGCGGCGCCGCCGACAGCGGCCAACGCACCCUAGCAACCAGCUACAUUAGAGACUGGCACGCCGACAAGGUCGACGACAGCGACAUGCCCACACGCUGCAUGCGCAGCAUCGCCGAGCGCGAGGUCGUCGUGACGCUCACGUAUCCGCGGUGCGAGUGGCUGACGCAUCACGACGGCGGGGUGCGGGCGAGCAUGCGGGCGACGCUGGCGCGCGCGGACGGGCUGCUUUAUGUGUAUGAUGUGGGUAGCCGGGCGAGUUUUGAUGGGUUGGAGGGGAUUCAUGGGUGUGUGGAGGAGGAGAAGGGGGAGGGGAGGAGGGAUGGGGUGGUGUGUGCGGUUGUGGCGGGUGGGGUGGAGAGGGCGAGGACGGAGUGGGAGGUUACGGAGGAGGCGGGGCGGAGGUUGGCGGAGGGGUGGGGGGCUGGGUUUGUGAGUUUUGAUGCUAGGGAGGAUAGGGAUGGGGUGGUUAGGGGUAUGGUGGAGUUGAUGGUGAGGGAGGCGUUGAGGAGGAGGGAGGGGGGAAAGGGGGGAUUGAGGAAAGGAGUGGGAAAGAAGAGUCCGUUGGCGGUGUUGAAGAGGGUUUUGUCGGUUUCGAGGUGAUUGGAAUGGGUUGGUUGGUUAGAUUCUUUGGUUUUGAUGUUAUUCUCGAGCGAUCGUGCGACGCGGAUACCCCGUUGAAUCAAGUGAGGCAGUGCUAGAUACUGGAAAUGAGAGCUUGCAAACUGAGUGAAAUCAGUAGAUCAUCUACUGGACAGCCGCAAAGCGAGGUGUUUGAUGUAGAGGAAUGGGCGUUUUGGCUACUGCAACAGACUCGAG